CCUUUUCAUGAUGAUCUCCUCUCAUCUUUUUAUUAGAACCCUUUGAAUUUUCACUUUUUUUUUAUUCUCUUUUGAUUGUUGCAGCUUUUCUUUUUCAAUUUGUUUUGUUUGUUUUAGCACAAACUUUACAACUUUAUUCUCGUCCUUUUUCAACUUAUAUAUGUAUAUUUCAGACUUUCAUGAUCUAUGGAUUGACCUUUUUCAUGUAUAUUUCAUUAUAGUACUGAUUUAUAUAUACAGUUCAAAGAGAGCUAAUUAGGGUUUACUUGAAACAAUUUUAUAUGUCUGCGCGUGUAUAUAUAUAUAAUACUUGGUAUAUAUAAUCAUGAAGAUAUUCAUUAUUUUUUAGCCAAACUAGGGUUUCUCUUCUUUUUUUGAAGAAAACACAUAUCUUCCAAAAUUUGUCAACUACGUACUUUCAGGCUUAAUUGAUCUCAUAAUAAGGGCGCAUCUAUUACGUCCUAUAUAUAUAUUUACAUGUACGUAGCUGUACUCGUAGUACAUGAAAUUGUUUCAUACAUACAUAUAUAUAUAUAUGUAGAUUUUUCUUUCGGAGGACGUACUGUAUAGUAUGAAGGUUAUUUAUUAUGACUUUUUUUUUUAGCGUAGGAUAAGUGUUUCCCUCCCUCACCACUUAAGCUAGCCUUAGUGGCUUAGGUUAUUAUUAUGACUUCAUCCUUUAGGUUUUGAUACUUCCAGUUAUAGCUGUUGAGUACUGGAAAAUUAAGUGAAGCCAUUUAAAUUCUAAUUUAGUUUCUUGCUAUAAUCUCCGGGCCUGGAUCUUUAAUACAAAGAGUGUGUGUAUAUAUAUAUAUGUAUACAUAGCUAUAUCUUCUUAGUUGGGUUCUUUUUAUAUAGAUAUUAGUUCUUCGAAAUAUUAGUUAUUUUUCACUGAAUUUGAUGUCGACACAGAAAUUAUGUUCAUACCUUAAUCUUGUAAUUAUCUAUAUAGUCUUUAAUUAAAUACAUGUUAUUCAUUAUAAAUAUUUUUAUUUAUUAUUAGAAGUAUGUAUAUAUAACACUGCGUACGUUGUUGUAUUGAUCCAAAACAUAUGUAAUAUUAUAUUAAUUGUAAUAAUUUCUGAUCGAUUGAUUUUAUUCUUUCUUUCAUCACAGGGGAGGUAAAAUCGAUACAAGACUACGUACUCAUUAAUUAACAAAAAAAAUUUAUAGUAAAAUAUUAUAAUAUAUAAUAUGAACAUGGGAGAAGGCAGUAACGGGCAACUGACGGUUCCUCCAGGGUUCAGAUUCCAUCCAACUGAUGAAGAGCUUCUCUAUUAUUACCUAAAAAAGAAGGUCUCUUAUGAGCCCAUUGAUCUUGAUGUCAUUAGAGAGGUCGAUCUCAAUAAACUCGAGCCUUGGGAUCUCAAAGAGAAAUGUAGAAUAGGAUCAGGGCCACAGAAUGAGUGGUACUUCUUCAGCCACAAGGACAAGAAAUAUCCAACCGGAACAAGGACGAAUCGGGCGACGGCAGCUGGCUUCUGGAAGGCCACCGGGAGAGACAAGGCCAUCCAUGUUAGUGAUACGAAGAGGAUUGGAAUGAGGAAAACCCUAGUUUUCUACACUGGCCGAGCUCCUCAUGGCCAGAAGACUGAUUGGAUCAUGCAUGAAUAUCGCCUUGAGGACAAUGAUACUACUACUGCUGCUCCUGCUGAUCAGAUCCAGGAAGAUGGUUGGGUAGUUUGUCGAGUAUUCAAGAAGAAGAAUCAUAACAGAAGCUUUCAACCAGAACUUGGCAAUAAUAAUAAUAACAAUCAAGAAGAACUAUCCUAUCAUCCACAAAUGAAGACAAGUAUAAAUGGUAAUUCUACCCCAUUAGUAUUAGAUCAUCAUCACCAUCAACAUCUCCAUCAUCAACAUCAUCAGCCAAAACAUUUCCAACAACUAUAUGAUAAUUACACUUUUGAUCAUCACGGUUCCAUGCAACUCCCACAACUCUUCAGUCCAGAGUCUGGAGCAGCCGCAGCCGCAGCUGCCGCUGCUUAUGUCUCACCCGCUUCUGGUGGGAUUUCGUUGAACCCCAUUGACCUUGAGUGUUCUCACAACUUGUUGAGGUUGACCUCCAAUGGUUGUGGGGGAAUGCAGGUUCCGGCUGUGCCAGAGCGGUUCAACGGAGGCGAUUGGACAUUUUUGGACAAGCUUCUUGCCAAUUCCAAUCAUCAGCAUCAGCAACAACAACAACAACAGCAGCAACAUCAUCAUCUAGCUCAUCAAGCCAAGUGUCACCCCUCUUCAUCGUCUGAUCAUCAUCAAGUUACUCAUGAUCAUGAUCAUGUGGCGGGAAAUACUACAACCCAAAGAUUAUUCCCAUUUCAGUACCUAGGUUGCGACAAUGAUAUAUUGAAAUUUUCUAAGUAGUGACCACACAUAACAUUAUAUUUAUUAUAACAUAAAUAUAAUGUUAUGUAAAAGGUUGGGUUAGAAAUUAAUGAAAUUUAUGUGACAAUCUGUUAAAGUUGUGAGAGUUGUAGUCAUUUCAAUUAAUAUUGAUCAUGUAAUGUUAUAGGAAUUAAUUUCUACCUUUUUUAGUUUUAUAUUAUCAUCAAGUGUUAUAUUUUAUUUG